AUGCAUAUUGUGACAAGUAAAACUCUGGCUGAACAGAGCUGCACGCCUCGAUUUCUGGAUUAUUGGAUUAAACUGGUUUCCUACAGAAGAAGUUUCUUCCUUGGUUUCUGUGUCUUAAACUUUGUAUUUUCCCUCCAGGUGACUCUAGGAAAUCUUUUGGCCAUCCGCGCCUUAAUGAAGACCUCAACGAUACCAGCCACCGUCAAGAAGAUGUUCCUAAGUCUGGCUUUCUCUGAUCUUGCAGUUGGAUUGUUACCGCAGCUAAUGACCGCUAUUAUUAGUGCCGUGAUGUUGAAGAUGGCAUCAAGUGGAGACGACUUAGCCUUCUUUUGUCCAACAGUUUUGAUUGUGCAUUUAUAUUUUCUGUAUCUUCUCGCCACUGCAUCUUCUCUGAGUGUUAUUAUCAUUGCACUGGAUAGACUUCUCGCUGUUUCGCUCCAUCUGCGAUAUCAGGAGCUUGUCACGCCCAGACGUGUUACAGUAGUGUUGGUGUCUUUAUGGUUAACAAGCUGUGUCUUUCCCUUCCCGUUUAUUUUCCUCCCGAAAGGCAUUGAAAUGACAGCUGGCGUUAUUUCCGUUAUAGGAUAUGUUCUGACAACCGUGGCGUACAUUCGUCUUUACAAAGUUGUCAGAUAUCAUCAGAAUCAAAUAUACAGUCAAAAUCAGCUUCAAAAUGCCCAAACAAGAGAGGCACACCGACAAAGAAAGUCCGCUUACAAUAGUUUAUUUGUCUCUGUAGUUUUCUUAGCUUGUUAUUUUCCCUUUUUGCCUUGCACAAUAUCGUAUUUGACUAACACUUCUGAAAUUUCAUUUCCCGUAGCUCAUUUUGCGUCUAUGUUCUUGAUUGACCUGAAUUCAUCAUUAAAUCCUUUUGUUUAUUGUUGGCGGUACCCAGAGAUUCGACAAAGUGUAAAAAGCACAGUAAAACAAAUAUUUCACAUGAACGAGAACAUGUCAUAA